AUGACACUAAGAACUUUGUGUGCGUGCACCCUCUUCAACUUGCGUACAGUGACCAACAAGGACCUUGUGGGUGAGCCCGCGCUGGAGGGCGUGCACAGUGAUGGAGUCGAUUUCACUAUGACAACCUUCCUGGGUAGCGAGAACAUGACCAGCGACAGUGCUGUAACUUUUUUGCAUGAUAUGCGCGCGAAGAACGCCCUACGCUGGGAUGAAGUCAACCCCGUGCACACCAUGGGCAGUUACCAACACCGGGACUUCUUGGACACAUUGCUCUUCGUCGACCACGAGAGGAAACACAGCCUGUCUCCCGUCCACGCUGUUGAUCCUGCUUGGCCUGCCACCCGAGACAUGCUCAUUUUCUUUACGCGUAAGCCAGUGGGUCUCUACGUCAUAUACUAA